UUCUCCUUCUGCUCCUGCCAACAAGAGAACCCUCCACACCACACCCAUGGCCUGCUACGACCUCUGCCGACCCUGCGGACCCACCCCGCUGGCCAACAGCUGCAACGAGCCCUGUGCCCUGCAAUGCCAGGACUCCCGUGUUGUCAUCCAGCCUUCCCCUGUGCUGGUCACCCUGCCAGGACCCAUCAUGACCUCCUUCCCCCAGAACACCGCCGUCGGAUCCACCUCCUCGGCUGCUGUCGGUAGUGAACUCAGUGCCCAGGGACAGCCCAUCUCUGGUGGAUUUGGUGGCUUUGGCUAUGGCCUUGGCUAUGGCCGUGGAUUUGGCUAUGGCCUGGAAGGCCUGGGCUGCUAUGGCAGAAGGGGUGGCUACAUCUGCUAAGGACCCUUG